AUGGGAUGCUGCUCUUCAAAAAAAUUUUCUAUAUAAAAAGGAUAAAGACCUAUAUAUAAAUAGGAAAGCUUAAAAGCUGAAAAUAGUUAAAUGUUUAAUCUAUCUUAAGAAAAAUGUUUGGAUCAAUAGUAAGAAUAAGAAACUUCUGGAAAACCUAAUCUAAAAACAAAGAAAAUUAAUAAAUUAAUAAGUCUUAAAUAUUAAGAGGAAAUAAUAUAAAAUAAGGACAAUCUUAAUGCUGUAGAUGAUGAAUUUUUUUCCUCAUAGAAUCAACAUAAUUUGUAUAGAAUUGAAAAAAGAAAUUCAGACUCUGAUUAUUGA